AAAAUGCUGUGUACAUUUCUGCUGUGAACCAUUUCAUAUCUGAAGAAAAUAAAUUUGACCACAAUUUGACUGAGUUGCUUCUUGAAAAUGAUUUAAAUCAUAAAUAAUGCUAUUUUUACAACAGACAAAAUUAUUGCGGGCCCCCAGUUUUCAUUAUGCUAUCUGCAAGAGAACUGUUUAACUGUGAAACACCAAAAAGCACAUCUACUGUACCCUCAUCUUUCUCCAGUUUAUUUUAGGAUCAGGAAAAAUAAUUUUAAUGCCUUGUAUUUUUCUUAUUUUCUGAAGCAGUUUGGGAUUUUUAUCUGCGAAAGACACUAAACUAACAUAAAACAAACAACAUGAGGACCCUUUUCAAGCCAAUAAGGUUUGUCUAUUCUUUCUGCAUUUACUGAGAAUCUGCCAUGUUGCACCUUUUCUUAUUAAAAACUAUAUCCAGGAGGAUCACUCUCAAGUUUGCACAGAUGUAAAAUGAACUGUAAUUUAUAUGGAUUUCUAGUUAUAUAUUAUAAUUAAAUAAUUUUUUUCCCAGUUAAUUUAUUUUAUUGGAAACACUUUCCUCCUCACCUGUGUCUCAUUAGCUGAUUACCCUUCCUUGCACAGCAUACAUUCAGUUGUUCCCUUGGCAUGUCAAGCUUGUUUUUUGGCCUGUCAAUAAUGCUGUUUGAUUUUUCCCAAAUGUUGCUGUAUGUACAUGGACCUCUAGCCAGUUUAUGACCUUCUGCUUGUCACAACAUGAUCUCUGUCAACUUGAUAUCAGUCCGUUUACUAAACUUUAGGCUUUUGUAUUGUAAUUUCUGCCAUUUCCCAAGAUUCACUCUUCUCACCUGUCACCACAAAGUGAGAACUGUAAUUUUAGUAGUUUGUUGUGAGCAAAUGUUUGGGUGAAGAGGUGUUUUAGUAGAUUUUCCUCAUCAGAAAGCAGUUGCAACAAUUUACACCAUUGCUAAAAAAAUCACUUCUGUGACAAUAUUCACAUUUCUAAUUAGAAAGAUAUAUUUUUUUUCAGGAUCAUUUUUGAAGAGUAAAAUGUUUUGUUGAAUUGCUCAUGUCAUUAUCAAGAACUGGGGCAUAUUUUUCGGCAGCUGCUUAAACUUUACUGAUUCGGAUUAACAGAGAGAGAGCUGUAUUCACAUUUUUACCUAAAAGCAUACUGUGAUUGAAUCAGUCUGCUCCAAUCCCAAUGUGUGUUCAUUUGUGAGUCACACAGAGGAAAACAUAAUGCAUACUGAGCAUUAGAUAAAGAGGCAGUCCAAUAGUAAAGGUCCUGAUUAUCCGAGUCAUGAGCCGAGGCAGUGGGAUUUCACAUUCAGUUUAAAACCAGGAUACCCAGUCUGUCCUCUCAAAUCCUCUGUCUUUCUUUACAAGCAGAUUAAAUCCAGGUUACAGCCCCAGUCUGGUCUCUUCACAACUUCAGCCUACGUCAACAUAAUGCCUCACCGUCACUGCUCCGUUGAGAUUAGGAACAAUACAAACUCCUACACUCUUUCUAACCCAAGGUUUCACACUGAGAGCGGCUUGUGUGAGGUUCCUUUCCCUCCAAUGCUCGGUCCUUGCUCUGUUGUCAAGGCGCUCUUUAACAAGACCACGGGCACAGUGACCGGGGCUGUUGGUGUCUUUACUUAUGACCUUUUCAAUGCAGAGCUGAAUGACUGCAGCCACAUCAUGGCCGUCAUGUUCUCUGUGCCCUAUGACCGAAACCUUUACUCCAACUGGUUUGCUGUGGGCAUCUUCAAUAAACAUAAAAACUGUGAUCAUAGUCUUUAUGACAAGAUGUACAAUGGAGGUGAAAACAACUUUGUUAGAGUCCAGCAUUUUUAUGAGGGUGAUUAUAUUAUUCUCAGUGCCUCCAUGACAGACACGGGCAAAGCCGUCCUGAUAGUGGAAGUCAAUGAUAUUGGCUUGUAUUAAGUGUUGUGUAAACCAUAUAACAUAAUCACCUGUAAUCACCUGUUCUAAUUUCCCCUCGGGGAUCAAUAAAGUAUCUUUGAAUUGAAUUGAA